AUGGUACCCGCUUGGGCACAAGGAGUGAGAGAAACCGAGACCAUGGAUGCCCGAUGGCUUGACUACCCUGCCUCUGGAGACUUGCCAGAUGAUGAAGACAUCGGUGAAUUCAGGCCUCGCUUAACUUCUGAUGGGUUAGAUAUAGAUGAGACAUCUGGGUCUGGAGACUACUCAGACUCUGAAGAUGCCAUAUAUCUGACCACUGUGGAUACUCCUGUGAUAUCUGACAACUAUAUCCCUGGAGAUGCUGAGAGAAAGAUAGAAGGUGAGAAGAAAAACACAAUGGUGGACAAUGAAAUCAUUCCAGACAAAGCUGUAGCUGUUGAAGAGAACCUGUCCAACAAGAUCUCCAUGGCAAGCACAUCCAAUAGCAGCAUCUUUGAAAGAACAGAAGUCCUUACAGCUCUCAUUGCAGGAGGGGCGGUGGGCCUCCUGUUUGCUGUCUUCCUGAUCCUCCUCUUAGUCUAUCGCAUGAAGAAAAAGGACGAAGGCAGUUACGACCUUGGGAAGAAACCAAUCUACAAGAAAGCCCCUACAAAUGAGUUCUAUGCUUAAAGCUCAGCAACACCUUGUGCCCGUCAAGGGACAAACAGACUGUAUGGAAACACUGUGCCCUUAGAUGAGAUGUGCUGAACAAAUGCUCUUUUUGGAUUGAAUUUCAAAGCGACUUUGAGAAAAAAGAAACUUCCUACGUGACCCUUCCCAUCUCGCUCAGCUAACGAGGGCCCAAUGAAAUACAAAGAGUCUGAAAAAAAACACCUCAGUAUAUAUAUAUUUUUUUUUUUCCUAAAGCUAGUAUGAAAAGAAUAAAGAUGCCAAAUUUUCUGCUUGGUUUUAUAGAGGGCAUAUAAACACAAACCGGACUGUAUGGAAGCAAACACCAUGUGUCUGCAUCCAGUGUGCCGUGCUCAGAUUGGCUGCUUCUAUAGAAGAUGGCUUUUUUAUAAACCUUGCUAAUAGAUGUCUUGCAGCAGGCUGUUGAUGUGAAGCAUUUUUGUGGAGAACUAUUUAUGAAUCUCUUACACUACAGAUAAUGUUGCCUUAUCAGGGAGUAAAAGGCCCAUAGGGGCUCAAAAAUCCCUGAGUGCCAUAAAGAGCCUAUGGGAAUGUCUUCCCCAGGAGACUUCUGUCUCUUCCUGUCGGCCCCAGGCAAGGGUCAUUAGUCCAUGAAAUCAGGACAGCCAGUUCUGUUUGGCUAUGAUGACACCCUUUCCUUGCCUUCAGUCUCUUACCUUUUUCUAAGGAUUGCUUGUAGGAUU